UAUGGCAUAAGCAUUGGCAGGUGAAAAUUAUGAAUUCAAAGCUGCACCUGAAGUAGUGAAACCAAAGGCUAAAUACAGACCAUAAAUAUAAUAACAAUCUGAAGAAUAAAAGGAUAGGUUUGAGAAUCAAAUUUAUAUUAAGUUCAUUACUUGGAUGCAACAUAAUGUUUGAUAAAAGAGUUAUAAGAGGGAAUACGUAUGCAAGCAUAUAAACUCAAGGGGAUAAGAAAUUAAUGACAUUGAAAUCAUUCAAAAAACCAUCUUAAAAAGCAGUUAUAUAAUCUAAUUAUAUAAAUAGGCUCCUUAAACAUAGACCACUUAUCUACAUCCUUAAACACCAAGACCAUUUUAGAAUCGGGUCAAUAUUGAUAUACAAACAGAUGAAUAUCUUGAAAUACUAACUGAUAAACCUCCAGAACAAGAAAUGGAUGCCUAAACAGAUUAUUAUAUAGAUAAACCUCCUGAUAGAUUAUUUGUUCCAAAGAAAAAUGGUAUAGAUAAAGUAAAACAAUCUGUUUAUUUAAUUAGGAAACAUAAAUAUGGGAAGGUGAUCUAUUUGAUUUUGAUUAGGAGGUAGAACCUAUAUUGUAAGUUUUAAUGAAUAAGAUAUUGGAAUAAUCAAGAAUGGAGGUUUUAGAAGAAGAAGAAAUCAAAUUAAUGAAAUUAUAAUAAAAGCAACAUGAAAAAUAAAAGACAUCUGUCUUAUCAGAAAUGCAAAGAUUAGAUGCAGUUUAACAAAGAUUGGAUUAGGAAGAAGCAAGAAGGAAAUUAUAAUAUGAAACAUUUCUUAAGAUCUAAAAACAAAGUCAUUAGAAAGUUAUCUGUAGAACAUUAUCCAAGUCUUUAAUAUCUCCUUUAAAACAAAAUACUUUCAAGAAACUCUAAGAUUUAGGUGUAUUUAGAGAUCCAUUGGAGACAGCUUUACUAUCUGAAUAUCUACCUUGGAUGUAUUCAAAUAUUUUGAUAGAUUUAAUUGAUGAGGAUGGAAACUAAAGCAACUUCAAUAGUAUAUUUUUUAUAUUAAAUAUUUAGAUAUUUUGUUUAAUAUUGAAGAUAAUCUUACAAAUGCUCAUGCUAAUUCUAUUCUUAGAAGAAAAUAAUAUAUAGAAAAUCAUUAUGAAGAAAUUGCUAGAAAGAAAAGAGAAAAGGAGGAAAUGAAAAGAUAAGAAGAAGAAAGAAGAUUAAAAGAAAUUGAAGAUUAAAGACUAGCCGAAGAAGAAUAAGCACGUCAAUUAGAAUUACAAAACUUAGAGUAAUAAGAAAAUCAAUAACAAGUGUAAUAAUGAA